UCGCAGCCUGGAUUUACCGAAAUAGCUACCAGAAAUUUUGUCGGGAUCUUUGUUGAAGAAACCAUGCGGCGUCAAGUGUAGAUCCUUGCCCAUCCAGUUCAAUUUGUGUGCUAGAUUUCCUUUCCUGUACCCAACGUGUUCAGAUCUGCUAGUGUGCUCGUUCGGGUAUACAAUUUUUAGCCCUUCUUCAGUUCUUCUGUGGUAUGGCAUGGGGAUGGUCGCUGAUUCAUGACCUGAUUUAUUGGGGAAAAAAGGCCCGUGGUUAGAUCUCUAGAUGGACGAGAUGGCAGAAUCUGCAGCACUUGCUUCUGACCCUAAGAGGCUAUUCAGAAAGUUGGAUGGGAUCCUGGCACUGACAGACCAAAUCCCUACAAGAUCUACCGCUGACUACGCUACCCUGACAGAAGAAGAGAUAUGGGACGAGUGUCUCGAGUGGCUAACAUCGAUGUGGCCGCAUCGACUAAAUGUUAUACUAGGGGAUCAAAUGGGAGCCGGGGGUGUAAUCCCAACACUUGUGUUUCUUGACCGUCUCAAACAGAGUGGCCAGCAUGGUCCAUACCUGAUAGUUUCUUCUCUGGACAAGGACAACGGUAUUGGAGACUGGUUGAGACAGAUAAGGCUUUUUCCAUCUAUGAAGGAACUGUUUUACUUUGGAAACCAACAGGGUCGCGCAACAAUGAGAAAACAGUUUGCGCGCAAAGCUGUUGGCCCUGAUUUCCCGAUCAUACUGACCACAUAUAAUAUGGUCAUGGUAGAAAAGCAAUUGCUUGCUCAGUAUGACUGGAAAUAUGUUGUUGUCGAUGAGGGCUAUCAACUCAAGAAAAGAGAACAUGAAGUAUUGGAGGCGGUAAAGUGCCAGCCAAUGGAUCAUAAGCUCCUUUUGAUAAGGGAGCCUUUUCAAAAUAACCUAGCAGAGCUGUGGUCGCUAUUGAACUUUGCUCUGCCUAAUGCAUUCUCAUCUCGUGAGGAAUUUGAUUCGUGGUUUGAUAAAUCUGAGAAAGAAGGUGAGGAACAACAAAUUGAAGAGGAAAGAAGGGCCCUUCUUUCGAAGCUUCAUGCCAUUUUGCGCCCAUUCCUUCUAAGGGACAUGAAGGGGGCUGUCCAAAACACGGUUCCACAAAACAAAGGUGCCACAUGCUACAAGACUAAAGUUGUUCGGAACUCGGAUGCAAUUAGCAUCACAUGCUCCGGUGACAACGCGACAAAAGAAGGCGCAAAGACUGAUGGUGAGAGUUGUCAAGAGGUAUCAGCAGAGGUUGUUGGUGUAACUGAUGGUGAAGGUAGUCCUAACACGCAAAUCGGUCAAUUGGGCCUGGAAGUUGAAAUUAAUAAGGUCAGUAAGAGGCCGAGAACAAAUGAUGCACCUAUCUCACCAUUAGGCGAAAGCAAUCCAGCUGUGCAUGUGCAAGUGCCAAAUUCAAGUUCCCCUGAAAUAAUCUUCAAGGCACUCAAAAACAUACCUGACUUAGCCCGUAUUGAUAUUCUGAGAGCCUACAGUGCUCUUAUCGGUCAUGACCGCCGAUUUGAGUCUCUCAUGGCACUCCCGAUGGACAUGAGAAAGGAUUGGCUGCUCAUGGAGAUUGGAAACAACUAGUGCUUGCUCUGUCGCUCCAGCAGUAUGAAUGCGCCUGCAUGUUUAGAUGUUACCUGAUGGAAUUCAUGCUCCUGAUGCUCCCUUCCUGAUUAGUUAGUCUCGGUAGUGUUGGAACCAUGUGAUGCCGGCCAUGGCCCAGGAGCAAUGCUGUAUAUAUGGAGUUAUUCAUAUGAUAUCCUUAA